UGUCUUUGUUUUGAUCGAAACCUUAGCGUUGUGUUUGCAAUCGCAAAGACUGCUAUUAUUGCGUAUCAGAAAAGUGUUUUCGGCUGUAUUUUUUUAAUUGAAUUUAUUUAUUUCUCUCUGAUAUAAACGAUAUAACUAGAACCGCAGUUGCAUACUAACUAUUUUAUGCAGUAAAUAUAGUUAAAUAAAACUUUGCUAAAUAGUUACAAUAUGUAUCAGUGUUGUGUUUUUUAAACAAAGAAUUUUCCUAAUUUAAAAUGUGGUCUCAGCUUCAACGUGGUAGCUCACCGGUAGAUUGGUGUGAGUCAAACUACUCAAUAUCUCCUGUGAUUGCAGAAUUCGUAAAUACUAUAAGCAAUGUGCUAUUUUUUCUGUUUCCACCAGUACUGAUUCAUCUUUUCAAGGAAUAUGCCAAAUUUAUUAAUCCAGCUAUAAACAUUCUGUGGAUCUUGCUGAUGGUAAUUGGAAUAAGUUCAGCUUAUUUCCAUGCAACACUGAGUCUUGUAGGACAACUGCUAGAUGAGUUAGCCAUAUUAUGGUUAUUCAUGGCAUCCUUUGCUAUGUUUUUACCACGAAGAUAUUUUCCGAAGUUUUUAGGAGGAAACAGGAAAAUAUUAGGAUUCUAUUCAAGCGUGUUUUCAGUAUUUUCUACCGGAUUUCUGAUAAUGCAUCCUGCAGCGAAUGCUUUUGCACUAAUGACUCUGACACUGCCAACUCUUGGUUAUCUAUACAUUGAGAUGAAAAGUGUGAAAUGCGCUCGUGUCUAUCGUCUGGGUUUGCGGAGCGUUGCAGUGUGUCUUUUGGCCGUAUUUUGUUGGAUUAUGGACAGACUUUUUUGUGAUGCAUGGCUUUCCAUAAAUUUUCCUUACAUGCACGGUGUUUGGCACGUACUCAUAUUUAUUGCAAGUUUUACGGCACUGGUACUUUCUGCUUAUUUCAACGUAUUAGAAGAAAGCCCCCAACACAAACCGCAGUUAAGAUAUUGGCCAAAAAAUGACUUUGAAUUAGGAAUUCCUUACAUUGCAAUUAGGCAUCCGUUUAAAUCAGAUACUAAUCUGGCUAUUUAAGUAUUAAUUAUUGUAUUUAGAAAAUAUUUGUAUUAUUUUUAUAAACUGAUUGAUGAAACAAAAUAAUAUUUGUAUUACAAACGUAAUGUGACAUAGAUAAAGUGUCAGUACUGAAUGCAAAAGUAUAACGUUUUAAAAAAUCAUUAGAAAGUAUUAUUGGGAUUAAUUCACCAGCUAUUUAGGGAUAAGUACAAUAAGUAGUUAUAAUUUUAAAAACUCAGUUAUAUCUGAUAUUGAGAUUUUUGUUUGUGUGAUAAUAAUUGAUAGUAUAAUUAUGAUCUAGUGCCAAUCUGUGAUUAAAUGUAAAAUGCAAUGACUGUUGUAGUGAGAUUGAAUUAUUUUAUAUUUGUGUUGUGAUAUUUGUAUAGAAAAAUGCAGUAGGAGGUACCUAUACUAAACGUUACACUUUGAACUGUUCUCAGUGUACACUACCUACUCUAUUUUACUAAAAUUGGCAGAUAGUUACACGUUAUGAUACUUUUACUUUAGAGCCAUUUGUUUGACUCAACCUGUAUAUUUGAUCGGCUAAAUCUUAUUUAUGUAUACCUAUUGUACAUUAUCGUAGCUUUUGUCUCUAAUAUGAAUAAAAUAAUAAGUACAUGAUGGUAGAGAUAUUGUU